CCUCAUUCCAGCACUCCUUCCGGAAAGCCCGAAGGUAAGAACCCCUUGGAGCUGUCGAGUCUUCUAGCGGUUUGGUGUUCUACGGACGCUGGUAUCGGGUUUCAAGCCGUGAAUGUCGGUUCCAAUUGUCGGUGACAAAUACAAGCCUUAAAUUCUGUUUCUUUAUUUUUCAGCUACCUGUGAUGGAAAACGUCGUAGUUCUUCACAGACACUGUGCUCCCCGACAAAAGCAAAUUGGAGAUCUUCACCGUGCGGCGCUGCCCUUCGGGGGCGCCAUGACCAUAGGCAACACAUUUAAAGCCGUCGCAAAUGGACAUCUUUCCUUCACUGACGCGAAGCUCAAGGAAGCCAAGGAAAGGUUACACAACAAGGGGGUCUCGGUAAGCCGAAUCGACAGUCGCAACGCGACGCUCCAAAUAGUGGACGAGAAUGUAGCUUCGGCUGCUAUGGCCAAAGAGGAGACCAUUGGCCAUAAGGAAAAGCCUGUGGAGACUGAACUGGCCUCCCACAAGAUCCGAGUUGACAUGGAUCACAAGAAAACGCGCCAGGAUGACGGCACAGAAAAGGAGGAGACGCUCAUAACAGCCACAUACCGUGGCCUCACGGAAGAGCUUCCUAGAAAGCUGGUGAAAUAUUUUGUUGAGGGCCUGUGAAUAAAAUGUCAUUUUCACUGUA